AUGAAGCCAGGGGCGUCUGCACUAUGUUGUACAUCAGUCGGUGUCCUUGUUGUGGCUGUACUUGCACCUGUGAUUUAUAUUUACAUGUUGGAGCACUCAACUUGUGAAUGUGGAGAUAAUGAUACAGGAAGAAAGCAAGAAGACACACAGCUUGUCAUUGGUAUACUGUCUGCCAGGGAACAUUUUGAACAAAGACAGGCAGUGAGGGACACGUGGCUCCAAGAUAUUCAUAAAGGACAUGCUUUGGAAAAAGUGUUGUAUAAGUUUAUAAUAGGAAGCAGGAGUUGUGAUAUCCAUGUUCAAAAUAGAAAAGAUUUAUAUUCAUGUGAACAGUUAAAUUUCACAUAUGCCACUAAUCUAAAACAUGACAAUCAAAAUAUUCCAUUGGUUUCUUUGAAAAAUAUAGAAGAGAGUGACUUAAAUGUGAACACGGACAGACGGUUUAGUAUUAUUUGGAAUACCUCAGUCAUCAUAAGGCAUUCAGUUAUAAUUAAAAGAAUUGGUCUACAUGUGGCAGUUCCGUUAUCAGAGGAACCAAUCAUUGUGCAGUUGUAUGAUGAAAAUACCGAGGCUGCUGUGCUAUCAGCAAGAUUUAGUUUGCUGGAUCCAGGAAUAAGUGCUGGAACAAACUCUGAUAUAACUGCAGUAUCUUACAGGUUUCAGUCAGUUAGUCAUGUUCUACUUCCGAAACAUUAUGAGUGUUCGUUAAGAAUUAUUUUUGAUGGAGCUGCACAGACUAGAUCUAAACUGCUUGGUAGCCUUACUAACCUAGUAUCAAUAAAUAAUUCUGGAGGAACUGUAGAAUUAUUACCAAUAGAUGAGAAAGGGUUCUAUGUUCAACAGGAAUCUGAAAACAAAAUUUUCCUAGGAAAUCUUUUAAUGGCAGUAAAUGAUGUAGACGAGUUGGAAAUGGUACAGAAUAGUCAGGCAUUACUUAAUGAAGAACACCAGGCUGAUCAGGAAGAAAUCAGUUGUCAGAUACAGAAAGAAAAUAGUAUAUACAAUGAUAUAUUAUUAGUAAAUGUGACAGAUGUCUAUCGUAACCUUCCGUUAAAAUUGCUACAUUUUCACCAAUGGAUUCAUUCUGAAAUAAAUGCACAGUAUGUUAUGAAAACUGAUGAUGACUGUUUUGUUGAUGUUGAAAAAAUAAUGACACUGUUUGACACAAUACCAAAGGUUAAUAAAAUCUGGUGGGGAAAUUUCAGAGAGAAUUGGUUUGUUGAAAGGAUGGGGAAAUGGGCAGAAAAGACUUACCGAGCAUCAGAGUACCCUCAGUUUGCUUGUGGAUCUGGAAACAUUGUUUCUAAGGACAUAAGUGAUUGGUUAGCAAGAAAUGCAGAAGUCUUGUUUCCUUUCCAAGGAGAGGACACUUCAAUGGGAAUAUGGUUAAGUGCCCUUGGAACAAGAUAUAUUGAAAACAAGGAAUGGUUCUGUGAUAAGGGUUGUGAUAAAAAUGCUUUUGUGAUACCGCAACUGUCUGUCAAUGAAAUGCAGUCAUUAUGGACGAAUAAACAGCAGUGUGACAACAUUUGCGGCUGCAAGUGA